AUGCAGGCCACUCUUCUACCUAUCACCCCUUCCCUCUCUCUCUACAAAUCUCGCUCUUCUCUCUCCUCUCCUUCUUCGUUCAAUCCCAUUCUCAAUCCUUCUAUCUCUUCCUUCACAUCAUGCACGCCAAUCGUCUCUUCCUCCAAAUUCUUCUCCCUCACACCCCUCCAUUUUUCAAACAACAACACCUUUCACACCAAAGCAACUGUCACCGCCGCCGCAGACUCCUCCUCCUCCUCCUCCUCCUCCUCCAGCAGCAGCCUCUUCAAAACUCUAGAGCUUGGAGUCCUCUUUUGUCUCUGGUUCUCCUUUAACAUAUACUUCAAUAUCUACAACAAACAGGUCUUGAAGGUUUACCAUUUACCUGUUACUCUCACUGCUUUUCAAUUUGCUAUUGGAACACUCCUUGUAGCAUUCAUGUGGGGCCUUAAUCUAUAUAAAAGACCAAAAAUCACUUCUUCACAGCUUUUAGCAAUAUUUCCAUUGGCUUUGGUACAUACAUUAGGGAACCUUUUCACUAAUAUGAGCCUUGGAAAAGUUGCUGUUUCUUUUACUCAUACUGUCAAAUCAAUGGAGCCUUUCUUUUCUGUCCUUAUGUCUUCUAUGUUCCUUGGAGAGAUGCCUACAGCAUGGGUGGUUGCUUCCCUUGUGCCUAUUGCAGGUGGAGUGGCACUGGCGUCUGCUACGGAGGUCUCUUUCAAUUGGAUUGGGUUUUUGAGCGCAAUGGCUUCCAAUUUGACAAAUCAAUCUCGUAAUGUUCUUAGCAAAAAACUCAUGGUUAACAAGGAGGAAUCCAUGGACAACAUAACACUCUUCUCAAUAAUAACAGUCAUGUCAUUCUUCCUAUCAGUACCUCUAACUAUCUUCAUGGAGGGUGUCAAAUUUACCCCUGCUUACCUGCAAUCCGCAGGAUUAGAUGUUCAACAAGUGUAUAUUAGAUCUCUUCUCGCUGCACUUUGUUUCCACGCGUAUCAGCAAGUUUCUUACAUGAUACUGGAGAGAGUAUCGCCUGUUACUCAUUCUGUAGCAAACUGCGUGAAGCGUGUGAUAGUAAUUGUGAGCUCUGUCAUUUUUUUCCAAACACCUGUCUCACCAAUUAAUGCAUUAGGAACUGGUAUAGCUCUUUCUGGUGUUUUUCUAUAUUCCAGGGUGAAGGGAAUUAAGCCAAAGCCAGAAUAA